AGAAAUAAAUUGAAAUAACCAUGAGUUAGUUAACAGGGUGAAUUUUAUCUACAGUUUAAUCAAAUGAUAGGUUAACUAAUUUCAAUGUUAAGCUAAUGUGUAGCUUAGAAACAAUUGUUACAAAUAAUUUGAAAAUAAAAUUGAAUUAUUAUAAUGAGCCCACGUUUACCUUUGGUAGUAAUUUUGGGAGCAACUGGUUCUGGUAAAACGAAGUUGUCUUUAGAAUUGGCUAAACUAUUCAGUGGAGAAAUAAUUGGAGCUGAUUCCAUGCAGGUAUAUAAAAGUUUAGACAUAAUCACCGCAAAGGCAACUAAAGAAGAACAAUCAGCAGCACCACACCAUUUAAUAGAUAUCUUGAAUCCUAACGAAACAUUCACUGUUGUAGAGUACAAAAAAAGAGCUUUGGGAAUAAUUGAAACAUUAUUAAAGAAUCGAAAACUUCCUAUUGUAGUUGGAGGCACUAAUUAUUACAUAGAAUCACUUCUAUGGAAAAUUUUAAUUGACGACAGUGAAUAUAGUAAGAUACCCGGAUUGUUACCAAAUAACGAUCAUGAAUUACCCAGUGAAGAGUUACAUAAGAAAUUGAAAUCACUCGAUCCUGUAAUGGCAAAAAGACUGCAUCCUAAUAAUAAGAGAAAAAUUUUACGAUCUUUAGAAAUAUUGUAUAAAAGGGGGAAAAAACACAGUGAAUUUUUAGAAGAGCAACAGGCUUCUAGAGAUGGUUCAAAGUCGGGAGGAGGACUCAGAUUUUCAAAUUCUGUAGUUUUAUGGCUUCAGUGUGACCAAGAAAUUUUGGACAAAAGAUUAGAUGAUAGAGUAGAUGAUAUGUUGAAACAGGGACUUGUAAAUGAACUUUUAGAAUUCCAUAAAAUAUACAAUGAAAAAAGGUUAAUAUCAAACGAAGAAGCAGAUUAUACGAAAGGCAUAUUUCAAUCAAUUGGUUUCAAAGAAUUUCAUCCUUUUCUUAUAUUAAAUGAAAAUGAGAAAAAUUCCGAAGAAGGUCAAAAGAAAUUGAAAGAAGGUAUUGAACAGCUCAAGAUGGCUACCAGACGUUAUGCUAGGAAGCAAAAACGAUGGAUUUUGAAUAGGUUUCUUGGAAGACAAGAUCGACAGGUACCGCCUAUAUACGGACUGGAUACAUCAGAUGUUUCUCAAUGGGAAGAUAAAGUGAGCAAAAAAGCGGAGCAAAUAGUCAGAAGUUUUAUAAAUAAUACGAGGUGUUGUUACGAAUCUUUGCCAAAACAAAAAGUGGAUUCUAAUCCCAACAGUGAAGAUAUAACCUUUACAUGUGAAAUUUGUGACAGGGUUUUUGUUGGACAGUUCCAAUGGACAGUCCAUUUAAAAUCAAAUAAGCACAAAAAAAUGUUGGAAAGUAAGCACAAAAAAGAGAAGAAGAAAAGUUAUGAAAUUAUGAAUAAAGAACAAAACUACUCGUUUGUUUUUCUAAUAAACCUAUUUUGACUUUAAUAUUCAAGAUAUUUGAUACCAUACUACUUAUUCUAAUAGAAUUUACCAUAAAAAAUUUUUACCAUAACGUGGUAACCAAUUUUUACGGUAGCAUAUGCGCUGUCGGGUGCACCAAAAUUGUAAAUUUCCUGUAAAUCUUCUUUUUAUUGCCACAGAUAUCAUUUUGAAUUUGUACUAUUCUUCACAUAUGUAAAGGCCGCUUAACAUGAAGCAAUACAACGUGCAACGCAGAUUGUUUCAUGCAAGAUCUAGCACUUGCAACUUUACCGGUUUGGUAUCAUUUUUUUUGCGUAAAAGUUGCAAGUUCCUUAAGCCCGUUUGACAUGAUGCAAGACAACGUGCAAGAAAUUGCAUGUAAUUCCUUGCGGGGUCAAAAUAUUGCACGAAGAGUGUCAUUUGUCAUCGCAUCAUGGCUGCCAACAACAAAAAUUCAAUAAGUGAAUGAAGUAAAUACCUAUCCUAAAAUUUGAUUAAAUAUUUUGUGACCACUUUAAAAAUGAUAACAAAAUUUUUGAAAAAGGUUAAGUGGGGUUUGAUGCGUCAAAUAUUCCACCAACAAAAAAAGAGAGCUUUUGCACCACGUGAAACGAACGGUUUAUAUCAGUAAUGUGUGGGGCAAUACUCACCUGAGGUAACAAACAGAAACAAAAAGUGAGGGUGGAUAAAGGCUCAUUCAGACAUGACAAUAUACUCGGCCGAGUAAAAUGCGCGUGCGUUGUUAUGAGUUUCAUUUUGUUACUAAGUGUAAUGCUUCUCUUAUGAACUAUAAUUCUAUGAUCAACAGAAAAAGAAGAAUUUGACUUAUAUUUUUUGAGGUUAGUAUAUCCUAGAAUGUAAUAACAUGUGUAUUGGUCAUCACUUGUAAAAAUGUCAGUAAUAUAUAAAUUGUAAA